ACAUGAUAAAAAGACCAACGAACAAGGACAGUGAAAAUGAGAUUCUUCGUAUGCAGCAGGAGUUUUAUGCCGAGCAAAAUCGUGACGUAAACUUCCAACCCGCAGCCAAAGUGGUACGCGUGCAGCGGGAUGACGAAAAGCCGGCUAGCAUCGGGAAUGUACGACAAUCGGAGUUUGCCAAGCGUCGAGCACAACGACUUCAAGCAUCGACCGCACCCGAGCCGGUGGAAGCUAUGUGCACGGAGGAUGAACCUACGGAAGCAACGCCCGAAGAACCAACCACAGAAUCGUUGGUAAUGGGAGAAGUCGUAGAACGUAUUCCGGAAAAGAUAUUCCACGGUUCCGAUGCUACUGCACCGGGCGAAGGUUCUUUCCCCAAGACGUUACACAUUACGACGUAUCCGGGUGUUAAAUCAAAUGCGACCGAACAGAAGAAAAGUAUUUUUGCACAAAUGAUUUCGAAGGGAAAGGGAGACGCUUCGCAGCCGAGAAACUCGUCGGAACGCAAGGACAAGAUCGAGUUUGAAGAAGCAACAGGAAGUGCACUACUCGAAGGAUGGGACGCGACGGAGAUACACAAUGAUAACAUGCGUAAAUUGAAUCAAAUGUCGAUCGAGGAAAUCAACAAGGAGAGAAACCACCUGUUGAACACACUUGAUCCGAAGUUGGUGGAGUUUCUGAAAGCGCGCAAAAAGCCCAGCACUGAUACUAGUGUUAAGGAUCCGGUGGUCGAGAAGCAACGUACGGAGGGUAAGAAAUGUUCAAAUCCCGCUUUGGUUCCAGCCGGUAUGGAGGUGCUAAAGGAGAAGGGAUCCGAACAGUGGAUAAACUUCGACGUACUGGAACCGGAAAAGCUCGAGUGGACGAAAGAUAUCGAGCGCAGUGUGAAAGAGCUCAAUCCAGGCGAAUCGUAUGAAGCUCGUUUCGAUUGGAAGGGUGUUUUACAGCCGUACGUUGCUGGAUCCUCCAAUCCCGAACAAUCCCGAACAGACGAUCGAGAACUCUAUCUCCAUGGCGACGAUGCCGAGCGGCCCGGGUACACGCUGCAGGAACUGUUUCGCCUGGCUCGCUCGAACGUACUACAGCAGCGUAUUUCCGCCCUCGGAGCCAUCGCUGGAAUGCUAAACAUUAUGAACCAAGGGUUCUACGAUGGCGUGCUGGAGCUUCCAGUGUCGAAAGUGUUUUUCUUCCUUCGAUUUGCGCUCGAUGAAAACACACCUUCCGUGGUGGAAGUUGCGUCGCGAGCGCUGGCGAGUCUGUUCUACAACGAUACCGACGAGAUACUGCUCGAUACCCUGUUCGAUUCGGAGUACGGCAUGAUCCAACCGGAGUUGGCACUUAACAUCACUCACAGCCACGAAGAAGAACGACAUCAACAGCAACAACGCAUAGCAGCAAGCUUCGGGGCGAUGAAUCUGACUGGCGAUAGUUCGCGGGCCCCGCGGAAAGCCCACUUCAAAGCUAACCUACCCGAUCCGGACGAUCCGGACGAUGUGCAUAAUCGCGAAACGAUGAACGAUUUCCAUCUGGCCGAGACAGACCUGAUCGAGUGUUUGGCUCGAACGAACAUUCUCGAGCGCAUCCGAUACAUUUUGUUCGCGAUGAAGCCGGAAGGUGCAACGGUAAUUAAUUGUACGAAGGUAUUGAUUCGAUUGGCACGCAACAGUGAACCGAUGGCGUUGAAGAUAGCGACGAAUGAAGCACUUAUCGGUGGGUUGGUGAAAAACUAUCUCACCUCAAUCGAGUGCAGUGAUAGGGAGCAUCAACCACAGCACGUCGUGUUGAAGCUGAUGCGCAUCCUUUGUGGAUAUCGGCAUGAUUUCUAUCAGCAGUAUCUGAACCGUUUCCAUGUAGUAAACCUCGUGAAGCGAUAUGUCUUCAGCCGGAAGGAUAUUGAUGUAAACAUGAUUCAAAUACAGAUAGAAGCAUUCCGCUUCUUCCGGUUGCUGUUGCAAUGCAAGCCGGUCGAUGAAUUUUACAGCGAACUUUGGCCCGCCCUAUGCUACCUGCUCGAGUGGCACUAUCAGCAUCUCAUUUUCGACGAGGAUGGCCCAUUUAUCAUCCGCCAGCAUGCCGUCGCCUUGUUAGCUCUAAUUGGACCCGGGCUGCAGCAGCACCACCGGGAUGCAGAUGCAACAGCUUCCCGUGGUGCAAGUGCACAUCUUCCACCGCAACUUGGCGAAAAACUGUUUGCCUGCUGCUCGAAAUGGUUCACGGCGGCCAUACGCAAUGGUGCUAACGAGUUUUCGCAAAAGAUGCUUCUGGCGGGAUGUUUGUGGACGGUAUCCCGAGCCCAUGAUGGCAUCUUUGGGACGGAAACGUACACGGCGUUUCUGACGAAAUAUCUUACUCCAUUCGUACGGAGUGAACGGUUCGGCGAAAUCAUUCAAACGCUAAGCUCAUCGUCACUGGUGCUGACGCACUUUGAAGACCGGACGGAGUAUGGGAUCGCUUCCUUACCGUCGCUGGGCGCUGUACAGGUGCGCCGCUACCAAACCAUUCCGACACUAAUUGUGACGAGAAGCUAUCCCGUGUUUCUACUGCACGCUUUGCUACAUUUGCUGCUGGAGGAUGGUCAUAGUACUUCGCCUGCUGCUGCUGAGCUAAAGGAGCACAUUUUCGGAAGCACUUCUCAUCGCCAUUACUUACAGGCAGUGUGCGCCAGGACACGCUCGUCCAAUGAUGACCGGCGGAGCGGUGGUGCCGUUAGUUUGAUUGGAAAUUGGUUUGUUCAGACAAUCGAGCAGCGUUAUCUACUCGACGUGCUGCAGCUGGUGUUGGUAGAGGGCCGUGGAAAACGUACCACAGAGCUACCACAAGAUCCCGAUAGUGUAGCGCUUAGAACGAUUGGUCUUCAGCUCGCUUUCUUCCUAACGUACUCACUCAGUGAAGCAUUCUACCCGGCAUUGGUGCAACUGUUUGAUGAUAUUAUUUUUGUUCCCGGCUACUACACCGACUCGGUCAGGGAGCAGCUGAGCAUUACCGAAGCGGACAUGCAACGUUGGAAGUUAAACUACAAACUACUCGCUCAAAAAGCGAUCCAGAACGAGGUCAAUCUCACCCCGGUUCGGGAAGGAUUUACCGUAACGGAAUGGAAAAGUUCACUUUUGCGCCGCAGCUGGCCAUACAGUCCGCUCUAUCUGAUGGUGGAUAAGCUGGAGAAAGGUAUGCCAACGCUUGAGCUACUUACCGAAACCGCCAUCAUCAGUACGGGGCUUUGGUUCUCGGAGCUUGUCGAAGCGUCCGGUAUCUCGAUCGCUACUCCAACGGAACGGCUGAUGUACCUGAUGGCCGCUUUCCUCGGGCCCGACUCAAAGUUUCUCGAGCCUGAUCUAUCGGUUUUGAUUGAACGACGACUCGUGGCCCUACGCUCGCAAACUACGACCGGUGACAAUGUGUUUGAUUUCGAGAGGGCAAAAAUCGAAAACCGUAAAAGCUACUACGGACUGUAUCAGUUGGCGCUGGAUACGUUUCAAAGCUCGAGCUACGGUCACGGUGGGUUCGGAUGUCUUCUCAUGGUACCGCUAGCACAAAAGUACGAUGUCCGCUGGCGCAAUAUGGUGUGGUCGGAGUAUGUUGCCGUGCUACGAUUUAUCACCUGCAACGAGCAUGAGCUGUUUGGUGAGAUGGCACAGUAUCUGGAGCCGGCCGAGAGUGACACCGUGCUGCUUCGUUCUUAUGGACAGGCGCUCAACUCGAACCUACUACGACCGGGAUCGAUACCGCAUCGGAUAGCUCAUCACCACCUACAGGCGUACCGUGCGAAGGUGAAAGUGAUGCCGGCCUCGGACGGGGGCAAGCGACAGGAUGCUGCACUAAUGAAAGGAAACGGUGAAAGUAUCGGGUGUGAUAAAUAA